UUUUUUUCUUGUUAAUUGGGGUUGAAGCGAAAUUGAUUAGAGAAAACCCCAAAGAGAGAGCAGCUCCCGCGGGGUUGGCAGGAUGAACGGGACGGAGGGCGUCAAUUUUUACGUGCCUAUGUCCAACAAGACCGGGGUGGUGCGAAGCCCCUUCGAGUACCCCCAGUACUACCUGGCCGAGCCCUGGAAAUACCGCAUCGUGUGCGUCUACAUCUUCUUCCUCAUCUCCACCGGCUUUCCCAUCAACUUCCUCACCCUCCUGGUCACCUUCAAACACAAGAAGCUCCGGCAGCCACUCAACUACAUCCUGGUCAACCUGGCGGUGGCUGAUCUCUUCAUGGCCUGCUUUGGCUUCACCGUCACCUUCUCCACCGCCUGGAACGGCUACUUCAUCUUCGGCCCCACCGGCUGUGCCGUGGAGGGCUUCUUCGCCACGCUGGGAGGAGAGGUGGCCCUGUGGUCCCUGGUGGUCCUGGCCAUAGAGCGUUACGUCGUCAUCUGCAAACCCAUGGGCAACUUCCGCUUCUCCUCCACCCACGCCCUGCUGGGCAUCGCUUUCACCUGGAUAAUGGCCCUCUCCUGCGCCGCUCCUCCCCUCUUCGGCUGGUCCAGGUACAUACCGGAGGGGAUGCAGUGUUCCUGCGGGCCCGACUACUACACCCACAACCCCGAAUUCCACAACGAGUCCUUCGUCCUCUACAUGUUCAUCGUCCACUUCUUCAUCCCCGUCAUCAUCAUUUUCGUCUCCUAUGGGCGCCUCGUUUGCAAAGUCCGAGAGGCAGCUGCCCAGCAGCAGGAAUCAGCCACGACCCAGAAGGCAGAGAGGGAGGUGACACGGAUGGUGAUCCUCAUGGUGAUGGGUUUCAUGCUGGCCUGGACGCCCUACGCCGUGGUGGCUUUCUGGAUCUUCACCAACAAGGGAGCGGAAUUCACGGCCACGCUGAUGGCAGUGCCUGCUUUCUUCUCCAAGAGCUCCUCCCUCUACAACCCCAUCAUCUACGUCCUCAUGAACAAACAGUUCCGUAACUGCAUGAUCACCACGAUCUGCUGCGGCAAGAACCCCUUUGGGGAUGAAGAAACCUCCUCCGCCGUAUCCCAGAGCAAAACCGAGGUCUCCUCUAUCUCCUCCAGCCAAGUAUCACCUGCAUAGACCAUGGACAGUUUGAACUGGGUUUGACCUGCCGAGCUCGGGGACUAAAACAAACAGCCACACACCCACUCGUGCCCCGACCCCCUCCCCUGC